AACUUGCUUACAAACGGAGGUAAGUUAGCGGUAGAGGCUAACCAGAGUAGCUACCAUCAGUUGCUAGUUAGCUAGCGAAGCUUCGUGCGAUCAGAGUGAACUGUAAGCCUGUGCCAGCGGCUCUGCGGGAGUUUCCUGUCCCACCGCAGGAAUGCCGGGAGGAGACUACGGGGAGCUCGGGGGCAGCCUGCCCGCCAUCGCCUCCUUGAACGCUUCCUACUCCACAUCGCUGUCCCUCCCUUCGCCGUACCUGCUGGUGCCACCCGCGGAGCGCAAGGUCAUCUCCGACGUCCGCCGCACCUUCUGUCUCUUCGUGACGUUCGACCUGCUCUUCAUCUCCCUGCUGUGGAUCAUCGAGCUGAACAUCUCGAGCUCAAUCAAGGACAGCUUAGAAAAUGAGGUCGUCCAUUAUGACUACAGGUCUUCCUUCUUUGACAUCUUUCUCCUUGCGGUGUUUCGUUUCCUGUGUCUGCAAGUGGGUUACGCUGCUUUUCGGUUGAAGCAUUGGUGGGUUAUUGCGGUGACCACCCUAGUGACCAGCGUCUUCCUCGUGGUUAAGGUCAUCAUAUCUAAUCUCCUGUCCCAGAAUGCCUUUGGCUACGUGCUGCCCAUCACCUCGUUUGUGGUGGCCUGGCUGGAGACCUGGUUCCUCGACUUCAAGGUGCUCACGCAGGAGGCCGACGACGAGAGAGCCUACCUUGCAGCGGUGAACGCAGCCUGCGAGCGAGCCCCCAUGAUCUACCCCCGCGCUGUUUCGGACGGGCAGUUCUACUCUCCACCCGAGUCCAUGGCAGGCUCUGAAGAGGAUCUGGAUGAGGAGGGUCUUGGACGCAGAGCUGUCACCGCACAGGAGAAGGAGUACGUCAGACAGGGUCGUGAGGCCAUGUCUGUGGUGGAGCAGAUCCUCUCCCAGGAGGACAACUGGAAAUUUGAAAAAAACAACGACAUGGGAGACUCUGUCUACACUCUGGAGAUUCCCUUCCACGGAAAGACUUUCAUUCUCAAGGCCUUGAUGCAGUGUCCGGCUGAGCUCGUGUAUCAGGAAGUGAUUCUGCAACCAGAGAAGAUGGUCCAGUGGAACAGAACUGUUUCCGCCUGCCUGAUCCUGCAGAGGGUUGACGACAACACUCUGGUGUCAUAUGAUGUCUCCUCUGGAGCAGCAGGGGGAGUUGUGUCCGCGAGGGACUUUGUUAAUGUUCGCCGGGUGGAACGCAAACGAGACUGCUACCUGUCUGCUGGCAUGGCAACCGACCACGAAGCCAAACCUCCGAGCGGUCGCUACGUCAGGGGAGAGAACGGUCCAGGAGGAUUUGUGGUCCUCAAAUCCAGCAGUAAUCCAUCCGUCUGCACCUUCAUCUGGGUCCUCAACACAGACUUGAAGGGCCGACUGCCCCGCUACCUCAUCCACCAGAGUCUGGCCGCCACCAUGUUUGAAUUCAUGUCCCACUUACGGCAGCGGAUCGCCGAGCUGCGGCCGUCUCUCCGCUCCCACCACCACUCUUAAAACAGGACACACGUCGAACUGCACCACAGCUGGUCCAGAUGUGUCGCCACUGUUUUCCCUGAGCGAACCCCAAACAUGGGCGUAGAAGAACCCUUGUGAUGCGUCGAAGCUGAAGGGAACUGAGAAGACUGCACUUCUAAGCAUGGGAGAUGUGACCCGUGACCACAUAUUCGCCACAUUUCGGUGACAGGAGAAAGACGGUUAUCAAAGACGAUCUUCCUGCUCCUCCUUAAACUUUAAUGUUGUUUUUGAAGCGUGAUCACAUGCAUAUUUUCACGUGGACCUGUAAUUGUUUUGCUGUGUCCUUCACUGUGCAAUGAGACCUGUGUUUCCUGAACCGGCCGAGCCAUCACGUGGCAGGCUGGACAUUACUGAAACAAGAAAACCUGGCUGAGGACGUACGUGAUUCUCACUGUGUGGGCAUCUGUCUCUUGUUACACAUGAACUAAUGCAACGGCAAGAAGCAGCUGUGUCUCUGAGCCUUAUCUGACUGCACACAUGGUGAGCCUUUCUUUUGCUGCUUUAGUUUUUGGGUUUUUUGGUUUUUUGUACGUUUUCACUGCACCAUCUUAAAUGAAAGUUUCUCUGGUGCAUACGCCCUUAAACAAAUCCACACCAUAUUCAACAGUUAAUUUGAAUGGGUUAAAGCUAUUUCCUUUACUACACUGUGUGAUGGGUGGGGAAAGCCGUCACUCGCUGUCCAAUCGCCACUAGAGGGAGACCCCACUGAUCCACACAGUGAGAGCCUCUUGGUCGUACAUCAUCCUCUAUCCCAGGGUGCAAACAUCUAUCAGAUGCAUUUAAUCUACUGUCUGUGGUAGUUUUUAAUACUUUUUUUGGUUUUGCACUUGGGGAUCAGCCAGGAGGUCAAACCAGGAGUCUCAUCAGGAGGCUGUUGGUCUGUUGCAAAUGCAGAUAAUGUUCAUCAACUAGGAUGCUGUAUUUACCUCCUAAUGUUAUCUUUUGUGCCAAUAACCUCAAGUGGCCUUGUGGUAAAAUAGCUGAACUCAUUAUUUGUCAUCAAAAGUUAUUACUGUACGGAUCUGAUUUCCACUGACUGGCUCCAGGAUGUGGCACUGAUUGAGGUUUUUCUAUCAUUUCUUGCAUCAUGGAGCAUUACGUUUGUUUUUAAUUGUAUAGGAAUGAUGCUUCUAUCUUGUCAUAGUUUUGUUCUCAAAGACUGAACCUCAGUGGUAAGAUGCACUUCAGAAAGUCGUGAUUUGUCGUUGCAUACGCAGUGAGGACCGGGAAAAGGCGGCGGUGCCACUGCUUCUCUCUUUGUGCUUUUCAGGCGUGAGAAAUGAGGCAUGAAACAACGUUUGAAGGAGCGUAUUUAUGGGCGCAGCUGUGAUGUGGUCAUUUACCACAUUGCACUCACAACAUGGCCACAUGGCCUUGAGGCAUUUUACUUAAACGCCUGUGUGUUUGGAUGCCACAGUCACAGUCUCAUGAAGCCUAGAACACGUUAUCAAGAUUUAACUGGAUCGUUUGAUCGAUUUUAGCUACAUACUGUACAGAGGGGAAUGUCAAAUGUAAUUAAUGAUAUCAACAAUUCGGUGCCUUUAUCGCUGUAACAUUACACAUCAGCCUUUUGUUUUGCUUUGCACUUAUUUUAUGCUGUUUAUCGAUGCUUAAUACCUUCAACAGAGUUAUGCUGUAUGCAUAUGCAGCCUGCCUGAGGACUUCUCUUUUCUUUAAUAACAGUUUUUGAAUGUAUGUCUAUGGAUCAUUCAUCAAGCAUGUUAAUUUAAAGCCAUCACACUGACCAACAGUUUCUGAGUCUUAACCAGUGUCUUAUGUCUAAUAAAACAUAUG